AUGUCCUUGUCCAUUGCUGAGGAAUCUUUCCUGUACGAUUCGCUUUCUGGUCCGCAGAGGCUUCGGCCGGACGGGCGACUUCCACACCAGUUCCGCCCCGUCGAGGUAUUCACCGACUUCCUGCCGAGCUCUGACGGGUCCUCGCGGGUUAUAGCGAGCGACGGGAGCGAGUGUAUCGUGAGUGUGAAGUGCAAAGUGGUCGACCACACCGUGGAGCCCGAUCUGAUUCAAGUGGACGUGGACAUUGCAGGGGAGCGCGACGACUCUUUGCUCGUGGAGAGCAUUGCCUCUCUGCUGAACAAGCUGAUUGGCACAGUUGACCACGCAAGGCUGCAGUUGACGAAGAAAUACAGUUUUAAGAUAUUCAUCGACGUGCUCGUGUUGUCGUCGUUCUCGUACCCGAUCUCGCUGAUCUCGUUCGGGGUCUACUUUGCGGUCAGCGCAACACAAUUACCCAAACUUGUCUCGAACUUCGACGACCUCGAAGUGGAGGAGCUGCCGAUGUUCGACGACUACGACCUUGUCCCGCUCGAGAUGCGUACGCCGCUCGUGUUCACGCUCGCACUUGUAGGGAAAAACGUGUUCUUGGACCCCGCGGCGAACGAGAGCGCCGUCGCGAACAACGGACUCGUCGUUAGCUGGUCUGCGGGCACCGUCGUCGCACCCCUCAGAACUAUCGCCCUGAACAACACACACGUCACUGGAUUCGAUCCAGAACUGCUACAAGUGGGCAUCAAACUCGUGGAGCAGCAUGCCCCGGGCAUUGUCCAUGCCCUCGAGGGUUAA